GAUGUCACCCAACAGGGCAACUAAACUAGCCUACUAGUGAACGGAGGUUGUAGGAACCCCAGCCACUUGGUUAAUGGCUCUGUCUGCGCUGUGGAUGAGGUUAAACAAGCCAGGCUCUUUAACACGUUGAGCCAUCAUUCCGUGGAGGAUAAUAAAGGCUGCCACUCGGAUGCUCCAAAGGGCGCAAGGACACCCCUCCCGUUUUGGCCCUGGAUUGAUGACAUUCAGAAUUCCUGGGUUUGGGAGAGGCUCCUUUGGCGCCCUCUCGGCCGGCAAAUUUACAGCAUCUUGUCUAAGCAAAAGUGGGAGGGAGAAUAUUAGUGAAAGCAAUUAGGGGACUGGCUGUUAUGAUGUUAUAAGCAUUUGUCGUCCGUCCCCCCACCCACCCCUUAAGGAGAAUGCAGUCUCAUGCUCUUGUUCGGCUGCAGGGAGCAGUGGAAGGUGGGAGGGUCUUACAAAGCCUACCACCGAAAGCUCCGCCGAGCCACGCCAUCAAUGCAUGAAAAAGCUCUAUUGCCCUGUUAAGGGUAUAAGGAACGUCAAGCGGCGAAUUGGGAAGGGGGGGGGUGUAGAGAGCGAGCGAGCGACCCCUCGAUCGUCAAGAGGAGAAGCCUCGAUCCAUCCCGGCUCUGCGUAGGUUCCUUCGGUCUUUCCCACGCACCUCCAUCAAUCAAUAGAAGGGGGCGAACCCGACACUUGUCUCCGCCUUCUUUUGGAGCACGGCGGCUGCAGCAACACCGGUUGCAAGACUUCUGCGGAGCAUCGGGAGCGAGCAAAAUGUCCUCUGGUGUCGGUCCCCCCAAGAGCGGCUCCCCACUGAGGAAGCGGGCCAGCCUUCAGGCUCCCAGCCCAGGAGAGAUUCACGGAGGGCCGAGAUCCCGGCAGUUGCAGCCUGCACGUUCUCUCCCAGGGCCUUCCCACUGCCUGAAGCAUUUUCCUGUUGAUCUACGGACCUCCAUGGAUGGCAAGUACAAAGAGCUUGCUGAGGAGUUGUUUUGUCACUCAUUGGCCGAGAGUGAAAUGCGCAGUGCUCCCUACGAAUUCCCAGAAGACAGCCCCAUCGAACAGUUAGAAGAGAGGCGCCAACGGUUGGAGCGGCAGAUAAGCCAGGAUGUGAAACUAGAACCUGACAUUUUACUCAGAGCCAAACAGGACUUCCUGAAAAUUGACAGUGCUGCCGACCUACAAUUAUUUAAAGAACAGGGUGAAGACCUAGUAGAUUACCUUCCAAAAGAUCGAGAUAUAUUUUUGGACAGAGAGUUCCAGAGGGUCACCAUCUCUGGAGAAGAGACAUGUGGGGUGCCCUUCACAGACCUGUUGGACGCUGCUAAAAGUGUGGUCAAGGCAUUAUUCAUUCGGGAGAAGUACAUGGGGUUUUCUCUGCAAAGCUUCUGUAAAACCACAGCACGAUUCCUGCAGGAUCUUUCAGAAAAACCCUUAGCCCCCAGGAUGUAUGAAGAGAUCCCUGAGACUCCUGUGGCUGCAGAUAUCAUGGAAAGCUGCCAAGUGAGUGAUGGGCGGAGAUGUCCAAUAUACGAUGCUCCAGUGCACCCUCCAUUUGCACACCAGCAUCCUUAUGAGAAAUGUGAUCCUCAAUCAAUGCCUGGAGAUCUUGGCUUUGGUCUCAGGAUGGUCAAUGGAGUAGUUCAUGUGUACACCAAGCAGGAUAUCACUGACAAGACCACUGAACUGGACUUGCCUUAUCCUGACCUGCAGGAGUUUGUGGCUGACAUGAAUGUUCUGAUGGCUCUGAUCAUCAAUGGCCCCAUAAAAUCCUUCUGCUAUAGAAGACUUCAAUACUUAAGUUCAAAGUUCCAGAUGCAUGUCCUGCUCAAUGAGAUGAAAGAGCUGGCAGCUCAGAAAAAGGUGCCACAUCGUGACUUCUACAACAUUCGAAAGGUGGACACACACAUCCACGCCUCAUCCUGCAUGAAUCAGAAGCAUCUGCUACGCUUCAUCAAACGGGCUAUGAAGAAACACCUGCAGGAAAUCGUUCAUGUGGAAAAGGGCAAGGAGCAAACCCUUAAAGAGGUCUUUGAGACCAUGAAUCUCACCGCAUACGAUCUGAGUGUGGACACCCUCGAUGUCCAUGCGGAUCGUAACACCUUUCAUCGAUUUGAUAAGUUCAAUGCCAAAUACAACCCCAUAGGAGAGUCUGUUCUGCGGGAGAUUUUCAUUAAAACAGACAACCAAGUCUCUGGAAAAUACUUUGCUCAUAUCAUCAAGGAAGUAAUGUAUGACCUAGAAGAGAGCAAAUAUCAGAAUGCAGAACUGCGACUGUCUAUCUACGGCCGAGCACGGGAUGAGUGGGAUAAGUUAGCCAAGUGGGCUGUUACCCACCGAGUGCAUUCCAACAAUGUACGCUGGCUGGUGCAGGUGCCUCGGCUAUUUGACGUAUACAAAACAAAGAAACAGUUGGCCAACUUUCAGGAGAUGUUGGAGAACAUUUUCUUACCUCUCUUUGAAGCCACCAUCAAUCCUGCUAGCCACCCAGAAUUGCAUCUCUUCUUGGAGCAUGUGGAUGGUUUUGAUAGCGUAGACGAUGAGUCCAAGCCAGAACACCAUAUCUUCAACUUGGACAGUCCCUUACCUGGCAAUUGGAUGGAAGAAGAUAACCCACCAUAUUCUUAUUACCUUUAUUACACCUAUGCUAAUAUGGUGGUGUUGAAUCAUCUGCGUAGGAAGAGGGGCUUCCACACCUUCGUCCUGCGACCCCACUGUGGGGAGGCAGGACCCAUCCAUCAUCUUGUGUCGGCUUUCAUGCUGUCAGAAAACAUAUCUCACGGCCUCCUUCUCCGCAAGGCACCGGUGCUGCAGUAUCUCUACUACCUGGCUCAGAUUGGCAUUGCUAUGUCUCCACUUAGCAAUAACAGCCUGUUCUUAAGCUACCAUCGUAAUCCGCUACCUGAGUACCUGUCACGGGGCCUCGUGGUCUCCCUGUCCACAGACGACCCCCUGCAGUUCCAUUUCACUAAGGAACCCUUGAUGGAAGAGUACAGCAUUGCCACACAGGUUUGGAAGCUCAGUUCCUGCGAUAUGUGUGAACUUGCACGGAACAGUGUGCUCAUGAGUGGCUUCUCCCACAAGGUGAAGAGCUACUGGCUUGGACCCAACUACCUGAAGGAAGGGCCAGAAGGCAAUGACAUCCGUCGUACCAAUGUGCCAGAUAUCCGGGUAGCCUAUCGCUAUGAGACACUUUCCCAGGAGCUGACUCUCAUCACCCAGGCUGUGCAGACAGAGAUGCUGGAGACCAUCCAGGAAGAAGACCUUCUGACUAUGAGCUCUAUCCGGGAUACUUGCUGAAAGAGACUCGUUCAUAAUCGGUCUCCCUUUCAGCCCCACACUGGCUUGACAAGAUGGGUCUGUUAUGUGAGCACAGAGAGAGCCUGACCAUCCACCUCCCUCAUCCCAGAGACUUUUCUACUUUUCUGUUGUGUGUGUGUGUGUGUGUGUUUCCUUCAGUAUCUCUUGGAAAUGUUUCCAUGAUUUCUUUGCACUUGGUAAUCGGCUGGGGCCUCCUGGAAGAUGAAUAGUUAGAAGUGUCUCCAGGGUCCAGAUCCAGGAACCAAGGAAAGCAUCUGUAGUGUGAAUGGAAAGGCUGGUCAGAUCGAUUGACAGCCAAGGCCAAAGAGGUAAAAAGGAACAUGUGCCAGUUCAGUACAGAAUAAAUUCUGGAAGUCCUGACAUUUGCCCAGUAGCAAGAAGAACCACCAGCAUGUCUACAUGUAUCCUGAGCAACAUCUGCCAGGGCCAAAGUCUUCUGGGGGUGCCUUGCGCUACCUCACUUUUGUUUUAGGGGGUUCCCAUUGGCUGGUCAAGCACCUCUGAGUGGCUGGAACCAGUCCUGCCUUUUGCCAUCAGGGCAAAACAUUGUCAAUCCCACCAGGCAGGAGCCUCCAUUUUUCAGUUUUAAGCUCUAGCACGGUGUUUUUCAACCUUGGCAAACUUUAAGAUGUCUGGACUUUAACUCCCAGAAUUUCCCAGCCAGCAUGAUAUCUUAAAGUCAUGACAUGUAGGCAUCUUAAUGUUGUCAAGAUUGAGAAACACUCUCUAGUAUGAAGUGGGGCAAAGGACAGAUUUCCUUUCCUUUCAAAGCCCAAUAACGUUUGUCUUUUCCGGCUCAGGGAAAGCACUAACCUUUGAUUCCCUCCAUCCUUUAAAGGUGAACGACUGUGUGCUGUCAGGGGCAAAGUGGACUUGAGAUAAUAAAGGUAUUGUUGUUAGCAUGCCAAAUACUGGGUUUUUAAAAAAUUGUUCUGUAUCUUUUGUGAAACUCUUGGUCUCCCUCUACAACCAAGCAUUAUAAAAGAAGUUUGAUGCAGUUAUUAAUGUAGCAAGGAGAUUGAAGAUGAUUCUGGCCCUGAAAAAAUAACUCCUGGAAGAAAGCCUUGGAGCCAAGAUACUUGCCUAGCAUGGAAGGAGUUUAUGAUAAAUUAUUAUGAUGGUUAUUAAUUAUAUAUCAGAUUCAAAAUGGAGAUGAUGGACAUCUGAGAUUAGUUGUUUUUAAAGCAAACUUUUAAGUAAUUUUAAGGCUUGAUUGGAUCAGUGACACUCAUCAGCAAUUGGUGUGGGAAGAUAUGUGGAGUUGCAUUAAGCCAUUUAUUGGGUCUAAUCUACUUUCCCAAAGUUGCUACUAGCUCAGGAAUGAUAGCAUUUUGUUCCCUAGGGAGUUAAUGGUGCAGUUACAGGAGGAGAGGGUGUUAGAGCAGAAUCAUUAUCUAUGGGUUUAUACACUCUGGCAGUGUUGCCCCAGUUUUUGGACUGCUUCUUCCUUCAGCUGUUUUAAAGUUUAGGUUUUUUUCGGGAGGGUUCCCCAUGUUGGGGGAUCAUUCCCACCAUGUCUGGCAGCCAUGUCUGAUGUAAUGCCUGAUGCAGAAGCUCCUGGGAGAUGAAAACUGUUCUGGACUGGUUAUAAUGCAGCAGAUUCAAACUGCUUGUUAUGCUAUCUCUUUCACUUUCUGACAGCUUUUGACUCUCGUGCUACUUUUAAUACUAGUAGGCUAUUGUCAUCCUAUUAAUGGUUGUUGUGCCAUCAGUCAUAAUUUGGAAAUCGCUUGUGGGCCUCUCUCCUUAGGUAGGAAACCAACUUCAGACUGUGCUCACUCUCUUCAGGUUCUUAGACAAAUGUUAUGUCUAUAAAAAAGACAAUUCUUGCUCCCAGUUGCUGCCAGUAACAUGCGAGCUUACUAUUUGGAAGCAGAUCCAGUACAAAGGGAAAUACAUUGGUUAAACUUGAGGUGAGUAGAUAGCAAGGAAUGCUUCUAAAGUGAACCGGAAGCUUGUGAUGCCCUCCUUCUAAAUUUGACUACCUCAACUUCUCCAGAUACAUUGGACUGAAGCUCCCAUAAUCCUCAACCAGCGUGGCUGCAUGAAGUUGUGCUCCAGCACAAUUAGAAGUGAAAACCGCUCUAGGUGGCUGUGGCCAAAUUCUGAGGGUCAUAACAAAUGUCUGCUUAAAGAUAUUCACGAAGUGCACCAAGACUAAAUAGGCUGCUUUUUUCAUGUCAUGUGUGGAAGAAGCAUUUUGUUACAGUUUGUGUCAUUAUUUUGAGGGUCACACAUCUAAGAAAAAGGAGCCAUUCUUUAAAGCCUGUCUAGUUGGUCUUUCAUCUUCAUGACACAGCAUGGUAAUUCCCUUCCCUUCCCUUCCCUUCACCCCAUCCCCCAUUGCUGUCUCCCAAGCUGUUUUGCAAUAGAGCUGUCUUGCAUUUGUUUCAGCCAGCAUGGAUGCCUUGUUAAUCUAAGGGUUCCAGGGAGAAAUGGUAUAAUCAGUUGAACUGAAGUGAAACGUAAACUGCCUCCCUGCUUCAUCUCUCAUUUUCUUCCUUUCUCCUUGCCAUUAAUCUGCCUAUUGGUACAUCAUGUUAGUUUUUGCUUUGGUGUCAGAAUUGAAGCUGGUAUUCCUUUAGCAAUCACAUGUAUCAUCCUCUCACUUGGCUAUUUUAUGUACCUUGGAUGAAACUCUAUGCUUGUCUGUGCUGUUAGAAAUCUUCUGGAAAUAAGAGCAUGAUCCACCAUUAAAGAUUAUUUAAGUAAA